AUGGAUCUUGACCCCUGUGCACAACAAGACAGGGACUCUGAAUGGCGCAAGGCUGGCGGAUUACACAGCAGCUGGUUGCAGCUUGCAGGAAGUACGGCUUGGGAUCCCCAGCGUCCUCAACUACGGUCAGACCGCGAUGAUUCUGGUAUCACUGGUUGUGGUGGUGGUGGGCAUCUGGACUGCUGUCUAUCUGAUCGCCUUGACGCUGAAGGUGAGGAUCUGAAGCUGAAGGCAAAAGCCUAUAGAGGCCUUUUGUUUUCUCCUGCUUACCACUCGCACCGCAGGAAGAGAUUUGCUACUAACUUUUGUUUGAAUAGCCCUAAAAUUCAAGUAUCAGUGUCAUUCCACCACUGGUUGAGCAGAUUGCUUUGUUUUCUCUUUUUGGGUAUCUGGCAUAAUUUCAUCCUUGCACUCUUGGGUAUUUUAGCUCUUGUUCUACUUCCAGUAAUUCUUUUGCCAUUUUACUACACUGGAGUUGGGGUACUUAUCACUGAAGUGGCUGAGGACUCACCUGCCAUUGGACUCAGAGGUCUUUUUGUGGGAGAUCUUAUCACCUAUCUACAGGAUUGUCCUGUUAUUAAUGUGCAAGAUUGGAAGGAAUGUCUAGAUACUAUAGCCUAGAAGCCUCAGAUAGGCUACUGUAUAAGUGCAUUAACUUUGCAGCAAUUAAGCUUUCCUGUUCACAGGUCAUACAAGCGACUAGAUGGUUCAAUCGAAUGUUGUAACAAUCACAGCCUCAGAGACGUGUGCUUCUCCUACAGAAAUAAUCUUAAUAAGCAUUUGCAUACUUAUCUUUCUGCAUGGAAAGCAGUUAAAGCCACCCAAGUUUGUAGAACCAAUCAAGAUUGUAAAAAAGGCUCAAAUUCAAAUUUCUGCAUCGUGUCUUCUUUGAGAAUUGACACUCGCUUAAUAAAAGUGAAACAUUCAUCUGAAAUUCAUAUGUUGUACAUAAGACGUCCACUGCACCUUCAUUACACAGUAAGUAUAACCAGUUUUAUUCCACGUUUCAACUUUCUAAGCACAGAUUUGCCAAUGAUUGUGGAGACGUUUGUCAAGUACCUGAUUUCCCUCUCAGGAGCUCUGGCAAUUGUUAUUGCAGUGCCCUGCUUUGCUUUGGAUGUACAGUGGAUUUUGAACUCUUUCCUAGAUGCCACCCUUAACUCUGUGAUUCAAGAUAAUGAUGUCAAAGAUCUGAUAGGAUUUUUCAUUUUACUUGGUGGAAGUGUACUUUUGGCUGCCAGUGUUACUUUGGGGCUCUGGAUGAUUACAGCAUGAUAUUUGCACUCAUUUGACAAAAUCUAUGUUAAAUUAUGUAGCUAUGUGGUAAUAUGUAUUGCUAUUUAUAACCUUAAUUGGAAUGAAAUUACAGCAGUUUCCU